UCAAAAGGCAGUGAAAAAUCUGAAAAAAAUCUACCGAAAACACGAUUUUGUCGCUAAAAUGGUUCCAAUUUUGCGUUUAAACUAAUCCCCAAACGAUUAUUGAAGUUAUUUUUACAUUGUAUGAAAGCAAUGGAUAAGAAUAAAUCUCCAAUACGCCGCGCAAAACGUCAAUCAAAAGUAGUAGAAGAAAAUUUUUGGGACUGUAGUGUCUGCACUUAUAGAAACACAGCAGAAGCGUUCAAGUGCUUAAUGUGUGACGUACGAAAAGGCACAUCGACCCGCAAGCCCCGGCUGAACUCAGCUUUGGUGGCACAACAGGCGGCAACUCAGGCAUUCCCGGGUGCAUCAGGAGCUCCAGCACAAAACACUAAGUCGCCAGGGAGUAAAUCAUCGCGUAACAAAAACAAGCGGUCCAAGUACCCUGCGAGGUUGAAAAAUAUUGAUCGAUCUAGUGGACAAACCCGUGAAGUUACAGUUAACUCGGUAACCGUAGUUAUUACUGAAUAUAAGCCUAAAUCGACUGUUAGCCGGCACGAUUCAAGUGAAAGCUUUAGUGAGAGUAACGACUCAAGAAGUUAGAUUAGUUUAAAAGUGAAUUGAGAAUUUACAUUUCCACAGAAGAUAAACUGAUUGCAGAAAUGUUUACGUUUUAACUAUAUCAACGAGGAAUAUAAAAUUGAUAUAUGAACUUUUUCAAAGCAACUUUGAACAAUGGCAUCUAGCUGCUCAAAGUUGAUUUAUUGUUUAAUAUAUUCCACAGUACUCUGUGGCGAUUGUGCUCCAUUGUAAAUGUUUCUUUUUCUGUUCUACAGACAGCACUCCCCAGUUACUUAUUGUAACUAGUAUUUCAUACAAUCCUAAAAACCUUUAAUGCAUAACACUAUCCAAGGGAUGAUAUUAAAACAAACUACAUGGAAUCACAAACUGUAUGUAAAAUAAGAAAACUGUACUGACUUAAAUGUAAAUUUCCUUAGGUUGCGUAAAAAAUAAUUUGUAGAACUAUGAAUUAAAAUCAUUCACUAUCAUUACUGUUUCUAUUAGUAAUGUUGACAAGAGUUGAAUAGACCCACAUUUACAUCAAACAUUGAAUUAUGGCGACUUUAUAGCUUAAGCUGAAUGAUAAAUCAAUUGCAAACAAGAGUAAAACUGCCAUGAAUUUUGGAGAAGCAUCUCGAAUGUAUAGAACAAAAAACCAAUCCAAAUAUGAAUUUAGAAACCAUAACCUAGAUUGAGUACCGUAAAUCCCACAAACCAUAGACUUCCAUUUUGCGAUUUUAAAAUUAUUCGAAAUAAGCUUUUGGAAAACUAUACUGUUGAAAGCAGUGUGGCGCAUUUAAAACAAACAAGCUGAAAUUAAAACGAAUGGUAAUCCAUCGAACUAAAAUCAAAGAAAUUUAAUUUAUAGCGCAAGAUUCACCACAAAGUCUGAUUUAUCCGUCAUGAGAAACGUGGAGCUAGAAAAGUUGAAAAGAAAUAUAUGAGUUGGUAAAGUAAAGCGGAUAAAAUCUAGCCAUGGAUUUAAAAUAAACGUGAAAUGUGAAA